AUGAAGCAACGCUGCCUAGAACCUGCGAUCCCGGGGUACUUGCAGGUCGAGCGCACCCAGCCACUUCAUCAACCAGCAUGCUUCAGGGGUCCCCAACAAGCUUCACAUUCAGCAAGGCUUCCGGAAGCUGUCAAAAGUAUUAUUUAUAUGGACCUGGGUAUUCAAUUCAUGCCAUCUACCGACUCGACAUUUGCCAUCAGCCUGAUCCGUGGCGCAAUCACAAGCCCAUUUGGGCCUCAACACCAUGUACGAUCCAGCUUCACCGACACAAAUGGCUAUAAAAAUGUUGUCUUUACCUUGUAUUGGAGUGACUUAUCUCUCUACCAGAGAUGGGAAGAUAACAUGCCUGCCGAUUGGUGGCACCGAGGACUCUCGCUUGAUUCCGGCGUUGGCGUGUUCAAAGAGCUUUACGAUACCCCAAUCACAGAUACAGAGACUACCUUUGCUCUUCCCGUCCCUGAAUGCUAUUCAGUCAUUGCGGCAGCGAUGAGUGAUGAAACGGAUACUCAUGAAUACUGGGGUUCAUCUAGAGACCGCCUUCCUCGAGCACAAACAGAGAGUCUCGAAUCUUGUGGUUGGCCAGAGCUCGAAGAUUGUCAACCCCUUUCCGAUUCUCGUGGGCGACUAGUAAUAGUCCGUCCUCAUCAGAAUAUGUGUCUGAUCCGCUCUGGACAAGUCUGGGAGCACAGUGAUGAGAAGGAAGUUACCUCUUACUACACAGAAAUCAAGCCAACGCUUGACAGCGGCAUGGAAGAACUUGUGGCUGAUAAACGCCGCUUUGGGUGCUUCUCAAACCGUUAUUUGCGCAUCGAAGACGACGAGGGUAACCCGGUUGGCAAAUCCUGGAGUAUCAGCUCGUGGGAAUCUCUAGGGUACCUCGAGAAAUGGGCUGUUACGCCAAAGCAUAAGCAGAUUUUCGGGACGCAGAUCAAUCAUUUCAACCGCAUGGACAAUGAGGCCGUUGAACCCCAUCUCAACCUGUGGCACGAGUUGAUGGUGUUGCGCAAAGCUGACCAGCCCCUUGCUUAUUUCAAUUGUCACAACCAAACGGGCAUGUUAUCAGCAGUCUCCUAUUGA